AUGGAUAUGAUCGCCUGUUCUUUCGAUCUUCACGGGCAGACUCAGUUGUUUUUAUCUGGUAAAGAAGUUUUAUUAAGUAAUCCUGACUCAAAAGGCAUCUAUAAAAAAAAUUAGAGAUGGAGAAAUUGUUCAACCAACUGCGCAAAAGAAAUAUGUUGAAUUUUUUGAAAAUGAUGAUUUAAACUGGAAAGAAAUUUACAGCUUACCCUACCAGGUUGCCCUUGACACUUAGUCACGUGAAUUUCAAUAUAAAUUGUUACACAGAUAUCUGGCCACCAAUGAUUUUAUAAACAAAAUUGGUAUUUCUUCAUAACCACGAUGUUCUGUGUGCGAUGGGGCGGAUGAAUCCCUUGAACACCUUUUUGUCUCUUGCCUGAUUACUCAGAGUUUUUGGGCAGAGGUUAUUAAAUGGUGUAGCAAUCGGGGGGUGGCUAUUAACCAUCUCUCUGCUAAAGAUAUAUUAUUUGGGAUAAAGGUACAUAAAGACAAUUUAUUUAUUAAUCAUAUUUUGCUAGUUGGUAAGCAGUAUAUAUAUAAUUGCAGAUGCACGAAAACAAACCCUUGUUUACGGGUUUUCUUGGCAAGACUCAAUAGCGUUUAUCAAUUAGAAACUAUCAUUGCCAAAUCGAAGAAUAAAAUGUCUUUUCAUUUAUCGAAAUGGCAAGCACUCUUGACAGGUGGUACACAAUUGCCGACAAAUACUUGUUAAGGUUUAGUAGUAUUGAUACUGUCGUUGUGUGUCGUGUGUGGUGCGUACGUGUGUGAGUUAUUUGUGUAUUAUUUCUUUAAAAAUUGUAAUGUCGGUAAAGUAUGUAAAAAUUAAUGUUAUUAUUGUAAGGCAAGAAAUUGAAAUAAACAGUGAUUAAAUUCCAAAAAAAAACAACAACAAAAAAAAAACACGCGUACUGCUUCUGUUAUGCACAUUCCCAAAGUCUCACCUCGCCAAGAAACGACCGCAAGCAUAACUUCCAGUAGCUUUUCUCUUCAGUAAACUUCAUUUUAAUAAUGUUACUGAGAUGCUCUUUUUUACGGCGGCCAUCUUGUUAUGCGCAGUAAGAGAUGCGCAGUGCAAAACCAGCGAAUCACCUUAAACCGCUAAUCAGUAAGUUCUUUGAUUCGAAGGGGCACGUCGAAAAUCACUUCAAAAUACAAACAUUACUUUUGUCCAAUUCGCAGUUUUAAGCCCAAAGGAUAUGUAUUUGGUCAUAUUCUCUCAGCUUUCGUUCGCCAGACCUAGUUAAUCGAGAAAUUGAUAAUCGAUAUUAACCGAUAGUCAGUAAUCGAUAUCAAUCAUCGAUCGAUUUCCGAUAUCGAUCGAUAGAAAUCGAUAAAGAAAAAAAGGUCCCACUUCGAUUAAAUCUAUGAUGAUUUUUAUCGAUUGUAUCGACUACUAAAUAUCGAUUCCUAUCGAUUGUUAUCUAUCCGAAAGAUUGUUAUCGAUGUUGUUAAUUGAUAAAAAUCGAUAAAUUGUUUUUUCUGUGACUUCGACUUCUAUCGAUUUCCGAUACUAAUCGAUAUUAAUCGGCCGAUUAAAUCGAUUAAUUUUCGAUAUCGAUUUUUAUCAAUUAACUACGUCUGGCGUUCGAGUCAUCAAUUAUUGUCUUUACGGAAACAAGAACAGAAUAGCCCACGUUCGAUAUAAAAUUCUAAGAUGACUCCGAGGCUUUAGGGUCAAAAUCGCAAACUUUUUACCACUCCAUUGUGUCGCAAUUACCAGAAGAGAAUUGAACACAAAGAAAACCAAACCAAAAUAUAGAAAAAUGACUAGAAAGCCUCGGACUUUUGUUAGAAUUUUAAUAUAUCGAACGUGGGCCAUUGUAUUGUUCAGACGGCUUAGAAAUUUGACUAAUAUCAGUCGUUCUAUAUGACAUAAUGUAAAUCUGCGUUUUACAAUUCGCCACUUGCACAUCUGCCAUAAUGCCCCCCGCCCCCCCCCCCCAAAAAAAAAUAUUGCAAAACCUUUGCUUUUCAUUUCUCCUGACAAUUGCAGCCGUCCCAAGAGAAAUUAAACACAAUGCUGGUGCAAAAUAAGGUGCAUUAUCGGAGACUUGCUUGACUUAGUUGGUAGAGCUACAGUAGAUCUAAUCCUGGUAUCGUGGGUUCGAAUGCCACCGGUAGAAACAGCGGGAUUAACCCAGUUUUUUUCAAACUUUCAGGAAAACCCACAAAAAACGAACGCGGCGACAAAACACCUUUAACCCUCUUACAGGCUCCGCGGUAUAGUUUCUACUUUGUGUCAAAAGAUCAACCCGUAAAACUGACAUGGGAAGCUACAGACGUAUGCAAGAUUCAGAUCACUUGUAAUGGAGAUAAAUUUAAUGAGGGAGACGGAAGGGCCUUAAGAGAGACUUGUCAAGCUUGGAAAACGAAGAAGAAGACGAGGACAAUAAAACUUUCUGAUUUUCCAAGAGGUAGCAGGACCAUGAAUUGUCAGGCUAAAUUCUGGGGGAUAAACUCCACCAAGACGGAGAAGAUAACUUUGACGAAAGUCUGUAAGUAUUAUUUUUCGCCUCAUGUAAGGGAAUUGGGAUUCCGGAAUCCGGGAAAUUUUUUCUUGUAAAAUCAGGAAUCCUGGGCUUUGGAAUUGUGAGUUCAAUGAAUCUGGAAUCCUACUAACGACUUGAAUCGGGAAUCCAAGUUCCACUGACAGGGUUUCUGGAUUCAAUUCCACGCACUGUCUUGGAUCACGUUAAAUGAGGUGAUAUAUUGGAGCUGCAUUGCUGCUAUACAAUACUCUCUAGAAUUUUAAUUAGUGUAGGGGUACAAACCCAGUCGAAGGCACCAGUUUCUGGAGGUUCCUGUCAGUAAAGAGUUCGUUGAACGAAACAUCGGGUGAUGUCUGUUUGAAUUAAGGCUUUUCAUUUAGCUCUCUGCAUGAAGUCUCAGCGAACGAUUUCAGGCCGCUGAUAAACUGUGGUUAUGUUUUGCAGUUCUUUUCCGGAACUUUGGAAAAGUCAAGUCGCAUCACGUGGUAUAUGCAAACGCUACUGUGAUACUUCUCUGUAAGCCUCCAAUGGGUUACCCGCCACCGAAUAUCACGUGGUACAAAAAUGGCGAACCACUUUUCUUUUGCUGUGGCAGAAGCUUGCGAGAUUCUGCUAAAACGUUGGUCAUAAAGAGCGUGAGCAAAAACGACUCGGGCGACUACCAAUGUGUUGCCCUGAACAUGGCGGCGCGCCGACAAGGACCAAUGAUAACCCUCAAAGUUCGCGGAGGUUAGUCAUGUUUCUGUUUUCUCUUUCAUUCUAUGAAUUCCGUUCACAAAAGUCUCAUUUAAUUCUAUAUUUCUUACAUUAAAGUUCAAAUGUUAUUUGACCAUCUUAACCAUUUUGGCAGAGAUUUUGAUCUUGAAAUGCACUGCUUUGAGCAACCGGUCCCGAACCGGUCCCAGAUUUCAGGAGGCAGACCCUAAUCUGAAUCCAAGAGCUUCCUGUCCAAGGACAAAAAUCUGAAGCCAAAGCUGAGCCAUACGAUUCCUAACCUUGAAUCGCUCAUGCGAUCUUGUUUUUUAAAUUUCAUUUGAGGACGGUUACUCUCUAACGCGGUCGGAAGACUGAUGUCUUUUUGUUUUAUCUCAGUAGUCAGUGGCAACUUGUUUACCACAAUUAGGUGAAAACAUGGGAAAGAAUGUCUGGAGUAAUUGGUUUAUUGCUAAUUUGACAAAUGAGGGGCACAUUUCCUGCAGCUGAAUAAUUAGAAAGCGUAUCCAAAUUUCGAGAGAAAACGAAAAACCAUCUUAUUUGCCUCAUCCAUGUUGUCGAGCAAUGUCGACUGAAGGCAUGAACCAAAAAAGUGAUACACAACUUGUACGUGGAAAUCAUUGGAUUUCAUGUAUAUCUUCUUUUACUUAGAGUUGUUAACAAAAUUAAACUAGUAAAUCUCUAAGCUUUUUAGUUAUCCAAACACAUGCCGACGCGAUUUCCAUAGACGAUGAUGAGGGACAAAUUGUCUAUUGUUUUUUCAUCUCUCAUUUAUUUAGCAACUGUUGAAGUUAGAAAAAAGAAUGUCUCGGCUUCUGAUUGUAAUAAGAGUAAAGUGAAAUGCUAUGGUGAGGCAGCGGAUGGUUACAAAAACGGAAGCAACAAAUCGGCCAGUUGGGGUAAGAUACACCGAUUUCUCUCUUCAUUAAUUAAGCCUACCUCAUUAUGCCUUCUGCACUGGGUUUCACUAGAACAAGCAAGACUAGAUAUGUUAAUGCUUGAUGGUCCUUGAUCAUAAUACUCCUCACACCCUCCCAAAAAUUGGAAGAAAAUAAUAAUAAUAAUAAUAAUAAUAGUAAUAAUAAUAAUGAUAAUAAUAAUAAUAAUAAUAAUAAUAAUAACAGAAGUAACAAUAAAUUCGGUUAACAUUCACUUAUCCCAUCAUAAUAUUUUAAAUCAGGGCUUAACUCGCCAAAUCACAUAAUUUUUGUGUUUUUGUAGUUGUUCCGUGCUCCGGGUAACUGCCUUUUCAUCAAUGUACAAAGGCUAACGCUCAGGGGAUUUUCUAUUUUCUAUUUUUUUUGGAGGGGGAGGGAGGGGUUCUAAAACACUUUUUUUACUCAGCAAGGUUAACUCUGAAAUUCACCAUUGCUUCUUUUCAGCUUCAUAUUCACCCAUGCUAAUUGUUGGUAAAGAAGAUGAGAUUGUCACAUAUGAGCUGCAAAAUAAUUCAUGGACAAGAAGAUCGCUAUUCCCAGCGAAGGAUGUAGCAGGGCUAGAGUGCGCCCACGAUAAACGUCACAUAUACUGGUCAGACAGAAAAGAGAUAAAUGAACUCUCCUUAGCCACCACCUUACGUGAAAUAUCUCCUUUUCAUCUCGAUCGACUCAACCCUGCAGCGUCACCGAAUUCCCUUGCCUUUAAUUGGAUUGGUUAUCAGUUAUACUGGAUUGAUGCCAAGGACAUUUAUCUCGGAGAUUUGCGCAAUUGGAGAAUAGUUCGACUAAUUGAAGGAAAACUUGAUAUACCAAAAGCUAUUGCUUUGAGUCCUUCUGAUGGGUAAGUAGAAAUUUGUACGGCGAUUUUGAGUACAUUCAUCAUAGGCAGUUUGCUGUAAAGCAGCAACUGUAGGUAAUUAACCACUCUAAUCAUCCCUGUGUUUUGGAGUAUGCUGAAGAAAUUACUUCCUUUUCCUUUCUGAAUGUCAGUGUUGUCAUCGCUCGUAGGGGGAUUACAUUUUAUCUGGUUCUGGUUCCUCUUUGUCUAAAUGAAGGAUUUGGAAAGCAAAAUAGCUCGGUUUCUUUGGUGCACUUCGUCCCACUGGGUGUUAAACGUUUGUCCGUUUAAAUAUUGUUUUUCAGUUUGUCAAUUAUUUUCAAUCACAUUCAAUCGAGAGCUCAUGCCAAGCUUGAAGUUCGAUGAAUUAGGUAGGGCUCUCAAAGCUGUUUCAAGGUCCAACAUGUCAUCCUUCAGACCUUUUAAGGUUUUGUUGCUAUGUAAGAGUGGUUAUUGUGUCAGUCGCGAUUUUGUGUGUGUUACACUGAUCUAGUUUUUGAAUUCUUUUUCAAAGUUUUAUUUACUGGGCGGUCUGGGGCCAAGUACCAAAAAUUAUGCGCGCAAGACUAGAUGGAACAGAGAGAAAAGAACUUAUUAACAAAGGUAUCACUUUUCCGCAAGCCCUGGCACUCGACGAAUCAAACAGGAGGCUUUUCUGGGCUGGAACUGACGAAACAAAAUCACAAGGAAUAAUAGAGUGGGUAUCCCUAGAUGGCUUAAACCGCAAUGUCACAUUCCGCAGUCCGGGUUAUUGUCCGUAUAGUUUGGAUAUCUAUGAAGGUUUUGUGUACUGGGCUGACCGGAGAAAGAAAGCUAUUCUGCGCAUCUCAUCCAGAGGAGGUGAAGAAGAGAUGGUCAUUACCGGCUUAAAAAAGCCAGUGGGAGUAAAGUUUUGCCAGGAGCGUACCGAGUUUGAAAAUAAUCAUGGUAGGACUUUCAAGGAAAUUUAUAUCCUUACAAUAGACGAGGCACUGGGCUGGGAAGGGGCUAAGGUUGUUGCUGUGUUGUAUUCUUUUGAAUCAUUAAACCUUUAUUAGUAAAAUCUAACUAGUGGUCUAUUAUCAAUGCUGCGUUCUGAUUGGUUGAGCUACCACUAGGCUAUAUGUUAUAGCCCCUAGUAGCAAAAAGCGCGGGUUUUUUGGCGGCAAAAAAAAAAUUAAAGUCUACCUUUUAACUAACUAAAAUAUUUUUUAUUCUCGAUAUAUUUGACCAGCUAGUUAGAUUUUACUAAAACAAUUAUUCCUCUCGCCCUCAUGGCCUCUGAGUCAAUAGCCCAUUCGGGCUCGAGGGAUAAUUGUUAAAUACGUAGGUUCUGAUGAGCUGUACGACAUGAUGUAAAUAAUGUAAGACUUUUUGUGAGGACCUGUGACGUCAUUUUAAAUGGCUUUCGUUUGGCCACAUUUUAUCUAAGCUGAAUAGAGUUAAAUUCAUCCUGUUUCAUGCUUAGCUCUAAAACGUUUACUUUUCUGCUUUGGCACUUAAAAAUUGCUUUUGCCCAAAAACGGUAAGAGGACUUAAAUUUUGUCCUCAGGAUAGCUUUACACAUUCCACUUAUGACAUAAUAUUUUAUAAGCAUAGCAACUAAUUAUAUCCAAUGUUUGCUCAAAUAUGGUGUACAGAUUAUAUGAGAACAGUUUCUGGUGAAAAGAAGGAUGAUACUAGGUUUUCGUAAUGAAGUAAAAAUACACGUUGAGGAUUACAUUUAAUCCCCCCCCCCCCCAAUUCACCUCCUGUAGCUUUAAGUUAAUUUCCUCAUUUUUGCUAGGGAGUCCUUGUGAUCAGAACAACGGUGGUUGUGACUACCUGUGCGUGAAUCUACAUUUCAGUAAAGGUCCAAGAUGUAUGUAUCAAAAAGAUAUGAACCUCAAAGGUGAUGGUAAAACAUGCGAAAAAGGUGAGUGUUUUGUUGGGCCACUUAAAAAAUAUAUCUUUGUCAGUGGCAUGCUACGACACAUUGAGUUUUAAAAUGCCUUUUAUGUAGGGUCCGAAAUUAUAUUUGUAUAGCCGAUUAAAGAUUAUCAGUUAUUCGUGUCGUCAUACCGGAAAGGUAUUUUUUAACUCUUUUCUCUUGCUGGUACGCUUACAGUUACCAGCGGUAAUUCCGAGAAUGUAAGCAAGACUGAACCGUCUGCCCUGUCUAAGAAUACUUGUUUGAGUCGUUUUACCUUUGUUGUAUACACUUGAUAAAACGUAGCUUUCUCCGUGGGUGGCGCUUACUACUAUAAGUUGUAAAUAGGCGAUAUCUGAACUCAAUAAAGAGAUGGAACUAAUUAUGAUAUUAAUAAUCUUUUGACUUCCAGCAGGA